AUGACCAACGCCUCAAACUCCUGGAGAUGGUCUGUCACUGGGGCCACCAGCCCUGGAGGCUUCCAGAACUGGAACACACUAGAUCCAGAUAAAUGGCUUGGUAAAGAAGCAUGUGUUGUUAUUCGAAGUAGCCAUUGGGUCGACUUUCUCUGCACUGACAAUGCAAGUUGUCUUUGUUUCGAAGUUCAGAAAGGUGUCAAGCAGUUCAUUCUGGUCAGUGACUAUAGUAGGACAUGGCUCGGCUGCCAGAGCAUGUGCAGACAGAAUUACCAGAACCUGGCUCAGAUCGAGAGUGCAGAGGAGAACCAGGCUGCGAUGACGGCUUCAGCUGGAGUGGCUUAUGCCUGGAUUGGUCUGUACCGAAACAUAUGGCUCUGGUCGGACCUCAGCAACAGCAGCUUCAGGAAUUGGAAACUUGGAUCACCCGACAACAUGGAUAACAAUGAGCACUGUGUCCUCAUGAAUGAAGACGGCCUAAUGGAGGACGACACCUGCUCUGAACCACAAAGCUUUGUCUGUCAUGAAGUGAAACAGAGACGCUCCGUGUUGCAGACACAGAUGAGAAUCCAGACUGACGUGGACCUGAGUGAUGCAGCCGUCUCUGAGCAGCUGCUCAAACUGCUCCAAGAAAGACUCCAGGAGAAAAUCCCUGGGACUGACUUCAAACUGCGAUGGAGCAAGGCACCAGAAAAGAAAGACUCUACAUAA